UUAUUACCCACCUAUGAAAUUCCAACAAACACCUUCUCUUACAUUCCUUACUUCACUUCCAACAUAGCAUUCAAGAGUAAUUAAAACUCUCCCACCUCCUCCUCCUUUCUUGCUGUUUCUCGUAGCAAAUGCAAACCGCGGCCACCGAAAAACCAUCGUUGACACUCCCCUCUCACUGAAUGGGCAAAGCUUCCAAAUGGUUCCGUGCCGUUCUCGGAUUCAAGAAACCUGACCCACCACUAGACCACCCCCAAACCACUCGUUCUAAAGACAAACGGAGAUGGAGUUUUGUUAAGUCCCGCCGUGAAAAAGACCACGACCACCAACAGCGACAACAAGAUAUUGAAGCCAGUAAAACUGGUGUUCUGUACGGGCAGGAGUUUGAGGAGGACCCCAACAAGCAUGCGGUUGCUGUGGCUGCUGCUACCGCUGCAGUUGCAGAGGCUGCUGUUGCAGCGGCUCAGGCAGCUGCCGAGGUUGUGAGACUUACAAGUAGUGGGAGGUGUGUUAAUAACAGUGUCGCGAACGUUAGCGGGAGUCUUGGAUUACGUGAAGACCUCGCUGCUGUUAAGAUUCAAGCUGCUUUCCGUGGCUACCUGGCUAGGAGAGCAUUACGGGCGUUAAAGGCAUUGGUGAGACUUCAAGCUCUGGUAAGAGGUCACAUUGAGAGGAAGCGAACUGCAGAGUGGCUUCAUCGAAUGCAAGCUUUGCUGCGAGCGCAGUCUCGAGCACGUUCUGGACGUGCCCAAAUUUCUGAAUCUUCUCAUUCAAGUAGCAAGUCCUCUCGCUUUCAACACCCUGGUCCGCCAACCCCUGAAAAAUUCGAGCAUGCCAUUCGUGCCAGGAGUGGAAAAUAUGAACAAUCAUCAAUACUUAAGAGAACUGGGUCAAAAUGUAAAGGCAGAGCAAUUGGUGAUCUAGACGUUGCACACUUAUCCUUAAAUUGGUCAGAGCGUCGGAUGGAUGAUCAAACAUGGGAUCACCAAGUCCCUUUGGCAGGAACUGGCACUAUUGAUGAUGAUAAGAGUGACAAGAUCCUUGAGAUUGAUACUGGAAAACCCCACAUUACUCCCAAGCGUAGAAAUCUCUUUCACUCUUCUCACCUUUCCCUGUCAGAUCAGUAUAGCCAUAGUUUCACAACUACAAAAGACUCGACAGCCCAUCAAACUGUUCCAAGUCCCUCAUCUUGUGAAGUUCAAUCUUUAAGUCCAUUGAAGUUUUCUCAUGUUGUCGAAGAAGCAUUAUGCACUGCUGAAAAUAGCCCACAGUUCUACUCUGCAUCAUCAAGGGGUGGUAGUAGUAAGAGAAGUCCCUUCACUCCCAGUAGGAGUGAUGGCUCAAGAAACUUCCUAAUCGGUUAUUAUGGCUACCCAAAUUAUAUGUGUAACACUGAAUCUUCGAGGGCUAAGGCGAGAUCUCUUAGCGCUCCAAAACAAAGACCCCAAUAUGAGAGAUCCAGUUCAACCAGGAGAUACUCGGUUCUCGGGUGUGGUGAGCCAAGAUCGAGUAGUGCACAGCAUGCUUCUGCCUUGCGUGCAAGUUUUUCAAGCAAAGCUUACCCUGGAUCUGGUCGCUUGGACAAGCUGGGAAUGCCUAUUGGGCAGGGAUACUAAAACAUAGUUUUUGGAGUAGCUUAUAAUCUGGCUAACAAAUGUACGUAACUUAGUUUAUACUUGAUCUGUCGUAGUCUGAGCUGUGUUAAGUUGUCUAGUGGCGCUGGCUAGACGUUAAGAAUCGCAAUGGAAAUCUUACAUGGAGUGUAUUUGAACCGUGUUUCUGUAUUAAGGGUAAACUAAGGCUUAACUAGGAGUGUGAAUCAUCUCCGAAGUCCUAACUACGAUUAUCUACGGCCUGUUUUUCUUAA